UUUUUUUUGGCGGUGGACAUGCUGAUCGUUUUAAAUAUUUAAUUUAAAACCGUCCAUCAGUUAAAUAGUUUGAAAUUUGAAUUAUGUUGAAUACACAGUUGGUUUCACUAGGAUGGGCGUUAAGUAUCUAUGGAAUUUAUUGACCCCGUACUGCGAAAAGAAGCCACUGUUUGAACUAAACAAUACAGCCGUCGCCAUCGAUCUUUCCGGAUGGGUGUGCGAAAGUUUGAACGUUGUUGACUAUUUUGUCCACCCGAGGUUCUAUUUAAGGAAUCUUUUUUUCCGCACGUGUUACCUUCUUCAAACGGGUAUUAUACCGGUGUUCGUUCUCGAAGGUUCGGCCCCGCCUCUUAAAUAUGGGGUCAUCAUCGCUCGAAACCACCUGCAGUUCCGUGGAGCUCGGCCCAGGAAAACGGCGAACUGUGACAGCGAAGAGAAGGGUGCCAAAAAACCACCAGGUACAGCUUCACAAACCGACAAGGGGCGAACGGAGCAAAAGCGUAACCGAUUUCACCAUGUGCUGAAGCAGUGUGAAGAACUGCUGAGUGCAAUGGGAAUUGUUUGCGUACAAGCUCCCGGUGAAGCGGAAGCUUUGUGUGCUUAUUUGAAUCACGAUAAUCUGGUGGCCGGUGUAAUCAGCCAGGAUUCAGAUUGUUUCGCUUAUGGAGCCGAGCGCGUAUAUAGAAAUUUUUGCGCUUCGCAAAACGGUGGUUCCGUGGAUAUUUACGAUCUGAAAAACGUACGACGGGUCAUGGAUUUGGGACAAGAAAAGAUCGUGACCAUGGCUAUUCUUUCGGGCUGCGAUUACAAUCCGGCCGGUGUUGUGGGUGUAGGGCGAGAAAUGGUUAAUCGAUUUUUGGGUUGCUAUUCGAGCGACGCAAUUCUAAAUAGGAUUCGAUCCUGGCGAGAUAAGGCUGAUAGGCUCACAGAUUUAGAAUUGAAGGUGGAAGAUAAAAACGUGUGCGCUGACUGUGGCCAUCAGGGAAAAGUAAUGGUACAUCGUCGAAACGGAUGUCAGGAUUGUCGUUCUCAGAUUGGAUGCGAUGAAAAGCUGUGGAGGGAAAAAAGAAACGGUAUAAAGGCUGAGUUGGAUAUAAGACGUAAGGCUCUGGUCGACCCUCAGUUUCCUCCGGAGGCUAUCAUCGACGAGUUUACUGUACGGAAUUGUGAACUUCCCGCUCUUGAUUUGGAAUGGAAACAGCCAAAUUUGGUUAAGUUCAUUCGCAACAUAUCCAAUCUUCUCCAAUGGAACGAAAUACACAGCUUUCAAAAACUUUUACCCUUGUUCACUAGAUGGCAAACGCUAAAUCUUAGCUCCGACCCAUUCAAACCUUUGAAAAUCAAUUUACAUCCAGAUUAUAUAAAGAAAAAACGUUCUCCCAAGGGUGUGGCCAGUUACGAAAUAGUCUGGCUUGAUAAGGAUUCCAUUUUUACCGGUCUUAUUCCAGAUGAACAACUCGAACAAUUUCUCGAUGAACCUGGGAACACAGUGGAAACUUUAUGGAGCACCAUCGAACCACAAAAUCUGGUCGACAAAGCCUAUUCUCACAUUGUGGAAAAGUUUACCGCGUCUAAAGCGAAACCGAAAAAGAGGACGAAACGUACUCAAGCCUCUCAAGACUCAAAUCAGCCUUCGCAAGAAGUGAGCGUAAAUCGAAAACCGAAAGCGAGAAAACCUAAAGAUCCUAAACAAAAACGUUUGGAAGAAUUCCUUAGUGUUAUCAGUGGAGAUGUGGAAACGGAUGGAGUUCAGGGCGAUGAAGAAAAUGGUUGUAGGAAAACACUUCUGCAGGAUUUGUCUAUUCAUUUAAAGGACGAUAAGCCAGCGGAACACUUUGCGUCUGUUGAUAUGUCUGUAGAUUCAAUAGACUUGGAUCAGAUUAUCAAUGAUCCUGUUGAUGAUAGCAGUUAUAUGAACAUUUCCGAUAUUAUCGACCGCGUAUGUGCCCCAACGUAUGGUCGCACACGUUCAGAACAAGAGCCCGCAAUUCAACAAAUAGCAGCUGAAAUGAUGUCAAUGAGCAUAGUAAUGAAUGAAGACUUAAAUGAUGAUUCACUUGGUUACAAUGGCACUCUGGAACCGCCGAUGGAACAAAGACUUCUACUGAAACAGGAUGUACUGAAUGCAACAAUGGAUGCGGCUAACCAGUCGCUCUUAAAUGGAUCCAUUCGUGCACCGAGAAAACGCAAAAGUUUCUUUUUUGAACCAAUUACUGCCGACACUGAAGAGAUGGAUAUGUUCGAGUGCUCGCUUAUGCUGAAAGAUCGUAUAGUUAUUCCCGUAGCUGAAAUGGAUCAAACAAUUGUUUGGUUUUUAGCCAUGUAUACAUGUUCGUUGCUUUUGGUUCUGUAAUACUGAUAUUACCUACCUAUCUUGUAAAUUGUUUUUCGAAUGCCUAUAAAAGCUAAAUAAGUCUAAAAAACGCAGCAAAUUUAGUAUACUUAUUGGGUUAUAUUAUAACCCUAGAGGGGAUUGUUCCUAGCUUUGAGUAAAGUUGG